CAUUUGUUGCCAAAUUUUCAAUCCUCUAUGUUUGAUUCUUUCGAUAAAUGAUAAAAUAAAACUCCAAAUCAUUUCCACUAUAAUUACAAUUAAUAACCGACACGAGAACAGAGAUUCACAGGGACCGACAUGUCGACGCCAAGUUUCCUUUUGAGCAGCGGCACAAGUAUGCCUAUGGUCGGGCUGGGCACAUGGCGUAGCCCGCCUGAAGUCGUUACACAGGCCGUGCAGGAUGCCAUUGACAUUGGAUACCGCCACUUCGACUGUGCCCACAUCUACGGAAACGAGGCACAUGUCGGAGUUGCUAUUCGAGAUAAGAUCCAGGAAGGCGUUGUAACACGAGACGAACUCUUCAUCACUAGCAAGUUAUGGAACACCUUCCACAAGCCGGAACUGGUGCGUGCGGCCUGCGAGACGAGCCUUCGUGAUCUGGGACUCGACUAUCUGGACUUAUAUCUAAUGCACUGGCCCAUGGCCUACAAGUCGGGCAACAAUCUCUACCCCACAUGCCCCGACACCGGCAGGGCAGCCUUCGAGGACAUCGACUACAUAGACACGUGGAAGGCCAUGGAGGAACUCGUGGACAGCGGCCUCGUCCAUGCCAUUGGGGUAUCCAACUUCAACGAGAAGCAAAUUAAUCGUCUGCUGUGCCAGGCCAAGCUGAAGCCCGUGAUGCUCCAGAUCGAGUGUCAUCCGUACCUGCGCCAAAAGUCGUUGAUAACACUCUGCUACGACAAUGCCAUUGGUGUGACCGCCUACAGCUCCCUGGGAUCGGGACACACCCCCUACGAGAAGCCCGGCAGCUACCCGCUGCUGCAGCACCCGAUCGUCGUGAGCGUUGCUGAAAAGUACGGACGGACUCCAGCUCAGGUGCUGCUGCGCUAUCAAACGCAGUCCGGCAUCAUCGUGAUACCGCGAUCGGUCAACAAGCAGCAUAUGCAUGACAACUUCAAGAGGAUCUGGGACUUUGAGCUGGCCAUCGACGACGUCAAGGCCAUAGAUGGUCUGGACUGCAAUGGUCGCUUUAUGACUAUGAAAGCCGCUUAUGGCCAUCCUCAUCACCCUUUUGAGCUAGGGCAGAACUCUCAGGAAUAGGACAUCAACUAGGAGUAAGGGCAGGAGAACUGCAGGCAGAAGUCGAUCCUAAAAAUAAUAUCAAAGGUGCUCAAGCACCUAUUUUAAAUAGGCAAA